CCUCUAUUCAUUGUCCCAAAGCGUGGAGAAGAGGAGGAGUAGGAGAAUUCACGAGGCAAUUAUCACUAUUUAUUUUAUUUUUUUUGUGCACAUGACAUUUAAUUGAAGCAAAUUGAUUUUUGCUCUUUUGUUGCCUUCACUUUUUUUUUUUUUAUCUAAUCUUACCAUCAUGACCUGCCUGAGCCUGUGGACCUGCACCGGCUUUUACUGAGCUUUCACCUGCACGCACACACACACACACACACACACACGCACACAGUUUGCUGUCUCUUUUGUCUGAGGCAUCUCUGCAGCCAGCAGCAGCGCUGAGGAGGAGGAGAAGGAGGAGGAGGAGGAGGAGCGGGGUGUACCUGACAUCUACAGCCGCGCGUCGCAGCUCUCUUCCCCGGCACAAACAAACCCGGAGCGGCCGCCACGACACGAGUACCACCCUCACCCUCACCUCCACCAUCACCACCACGCUCUCAAACCCGGCUCCUCCAGUUUAAGAUCCGGAGGGAAACAUGCAUUUGAAGACAGUUUGAGCGGAAAAAAACUCCCAAACACUGACGACUCCUCUACUCUACUCCUGCUUGUUUCACCCGGAGCUAAAAUCGGAUUUUCUUCUUUUUUUUUUUUUGACUGACUGACUGUGAGAAAGCAGGAGUUCUAACACAUUGACAAGAUGAGCCUCCUGCUCCCGCUGCUCCUGCAUGUGCUGCUGUGUCUGUCUGCAGCACCGGGCCCGGUGUCCGGGGCGGACAGGAGCUGCGCCGACCUGCGGCAGUUCUACACCGGCAAAGGCUUCACUCUGGCCGGUGUGCCUCAGACCGAGAUUUCCGGUGAACAUCUGAGGAUGUGUCCUCAGGGUCCGACCUGCUGCACCAGCGCCAUGGAGGAGAGCCUGGCCGGUCUGACCGCCCGAGAGACGGAGGGACUGAUCCGAGAGGCCGGCAGGUCACUGCAGGCUGCUUUCAACGCGCUCUACAGGAGCUUCGACACCUAUUUCACCGAGCUGCACAGUAAUUCUGAGCGCUCCCUCCAGGAGGUGCUGUCCCCUCUCGGCCCGCUGUACUCUCAGAACACCCGUCUGUUCCUGGACCUGUACACUGACCUGCGGCAGUACUACAGAGGCUCCACCAUAAACCUGGACGAGACCCUGUCUGAGUUCUGGUCCCGUCUGCUGGAGCGCUCCUUUAAAUCCUCUGCUCCACCAGAGGUCAGCCUGUCGGAGGACUACCUUGAAUGCGUUGCUAAGCAACAAGAGACGCUGCGGCCAUUUGGAGACAUCCCGCGGGACAUGAAGGUGAAGGUGAUCCGGGCUUUUGUCACAGCACGGUCAUUUGUCCAAGGGCUGAUCGUCAGCGGAGAGGUGGUCAGGAAGGUGUCGCAGGUCAAUCUGAGUCCAGAGUGCACCAAGGCCCUGAUGAAGCUGGUUUACUGCCCUCACUGCCACAGCCUGGCCUCGGUCAAGCCCUGCUCCAGUUACUGCUCCAACGUCAUGAAGGGAUGCCUCGCCAACCAAGCCGACCUGGCCCCCGAGUGGCAAAACCUAAUAGACAUCAUGAUCCAGGUGGUGGCCAGCUUCAGCAUGGAGCCGAGUCUCGACGUGGUCCUCCACUCCAUCCCCGCACGGAUCUACGAGGCUGUUCACUACCAGCAGGAGAACAUGGACGAUUUCACGGCCAAAGUGUACCAAACAUGUGGACGUCCAGGUGAACCGGGGACAGGAAGCCCCGAUCUCAACGAGCCAAAGAGGAAUAGCGGCUCGCUGACGGUGUCACAGUACAAACCGUCCCCAACUGCUGGAAUCAGACUGGAAAUGCAGGUGUCAGACCUCUCCAGUAAACUAAGGGAGAUGAGACAGUACUGGACCCAGCUUCCCAUGGCACUUUGCAGCAAAAUGGCAGCAGGAGGCGCCGCUCAGGACAAAUGUUGGAACGGCAUCACCAAAGCCAGAUAUCUUCCAGAGGUGAUGGGCGACGGCUUGGCUAAUCAGAUAAAUAAUCCAGAAGUGGAGCUUGACAUCACAAAGCCAGACAUGACGAUUCGGCAGCAAAUCAUGCAGCUCAAAAUUACGAGCAACAGGCUGAAAAACGCAAUGGAUGGUAACGACGUGGACUUCCAGGACGCCAGUGACGACAUCAGCGGCUCAGGGAGCGGGAUGUGUGUCGGUGGACAUUGUCCUCACGCCAGACCGGGAUUGUACCCGCCAGACAACAACCGAGUCAGAAGCGCAGCAGCCACGCCUCCGACCCGGCUCUGUGGCUCCUUUCUGCUGCUCCCACUGCUUGUCCUGCUGCUUCAGCGAUGAUCGAGCGCCGCUGCUGCUGCCGCCUCCAGUCAAACUCCAACAUCUACAGCAGGGCUGAACCGUGGGGCCGACAAAAAUGGGGGUUCUGGUAGGGAGAAGAUUGGGAAGUUACUUUGCCAAAAGAAAAAAAAAAAGAGUUAAAAUGACAUUUUUUGGGAGAAAAUGGCCCUGAUUUUAUUUGACAAAAAGGAGCAAAAAGAAAUUGACAGUGACAAUAUCCUUUGUUUUGUUUUGCUCGGUUCUGCUGUGUCUUAGUUUCAGUGCGAUUCAGUUUCUUGAGCUGGCUUCAGUGGAUGAAGAAUAUGGGAAAAAGAAGAGGAGGACAGAUGAAGACGAAGAGGAACAUUGAUUGUGAUUGUUUGACUUUUUAUCAGGUUCAUUUAGCUCCUGUAAGCAGUUCAUCGAGAAAUGUUAGUGCCCCCCGAUAUGUGGCGCAUUCAUUCAUUCAUUCAUUCAUUCAUACUUUUUACAUGGAAUAUUCACUUUUGGUUUUCUAACUCGAGGUUGUCUUUAUAACAAACAUUGUGUAAGCUGUAGAUGUCUGUGUACAUUAGCAAAAAACAAAAAAAAAAGACUGGCACCAUAUUCAACCAUGAAUGUACAGUAUAAUAAUAACCUGCUGGCAAAGAGUUUUCCCCAUAACCUGUGAUGUAGUUGUCCAAAUGUUUCGGUGUGUGUUGGCCUCGACGGAUCCGUUUUGACAUGUUCCACACAAACGAUCACACUCCUGAAAUCUUGGACCAAGAUUUUUACCUCACUUUCAACUGCUAACCGGACCAUUUUAAGAAGAACGAGAAAACGAUUAUAGCGAUUCGUCCCCUUUGUAAAGAAAAAGCACUGCUGAAGAAGAAGAAGAGCAAACAUUUCAUCUCGGGAACAUUUGUCAGUGAAUCAUGUCUGAAGUGAAACACUUUUUCAGUUUUUGUACAUACGAAUCACAACAUGUACACAUCCGCCUGGUCAUUUAUCACUUUUUGCAGCGUUUCUGCUUUUUUUCCCGUCAGAUGGCAGAUCUCUCUCUCACACACACACACACACACACACUGGAGUUGUGUAUUAAUCGGAUUGUGAUUCACAAGUGUAUCGAGCCUCGCGUUCCCUUCAUUAAACUCUGUUUGAUUGUUACCGUGGAUUCCGACAUGGACAAUUUGUUGAUUGUUCAUUUGCAUCUAUUAAAGUAAUAGUUCAACAGUU